AUGGAGUGGUUCGAAUACGAGACUGGAUAUGCAUGGUGUGAAAGUGCUGCCUACAAAUAUCAAACACUGCCGAUGGUUGCCGAAUUUGUGAAUUGUAUAACAAAUCUGCCUUUGAUUGUUCUACCACUGGUGAACGUGAUGCUGUUGAAAGAUUAUAUCCUGAAGAUCAACUGGUUGAUUGCAUUACCUCAAUUGCUGCUAGCGUUUAACGGCAUUGCAUCCACCUAUUAUCAUGCAACCCUUAAUUUAUUUGAUCGUUUACUGUGCGACUUUUGGCUAUAUCUUGGAACACCGUACUUGCAUGCAGCAUUCCAUUUACUGAGCAGUAUCGCAGCGUAUAACGCCUUUGUGAUGUUCUCAAUUCUCGACAUCAAACGCCGUAAGGACAGCCAUCAUUACAGUUUCAAUCUGAACUAUUUCCCGUGCCGAAGUGUUUUUGCACUGCCUUAUAUUCAGCUGUGCGAUAAACGAUUCUAG